AUGUCGGACGGUCACGAAAACCACCAGACAGGUGUCAAUGACGCCGCCAUCAUUCUGCCGAUCGCCGCCAUGAUCCUCAUACUCUCCAUCAUCCCCCCGACCGUCUUGUUGAUCUGCAUGAGAAUCACCCAUCCCGAGUACUUUCGUGGUGGUCUGCCCCACGAGGACUGCCUGCCGGCCGUCGAGCAGCCAACCGACAAGUGGGCGCAUCACGACCCGAUCUUUCGCAGAGCCCGAGAUGUCCUCUUGAAGUUCCACGGGGCGGCCAUCGUGGCAGGCGGAGCAGUGGCCCUGCGGGUUCGCGAGGUCUUUGGUGGAGUCCGGGGACGCACCUUGGGUUUCCUUGAGAACUAUCGCCGCCGCCGCGACGGAAAUGCAGACGAUGAUCUUCCGGUCAUACGCAACAAGUCCUGGCAGAUACUCGCCGAGUCGCACUCGGAGCGAACUUUCACCGGCUUCAAGGAUGACAAGGUCGAGUACGAGACGGUCGAGAUCGUCGACAGCCCGAAGAAGACUACCAAGACUGUUCAUUUCGAUCUUGGCGACUUGGACAAUGUGGUGUCGUGUGUCCAGAAGCCUGAACCGGCUGUGGUUGCGGAGGCCCGCAGGUGUCUCGACCGGGAGGUCUUCCUCAGGGACCUCGCCUUUGACGAGCUGGUGCUCGAGACGGUCGAGACGGAGCACAUGCUCGACCUCGCGAGGCUGCGGCCGGCGGUGCCGGUGCUCAUGAUCGAGACGGGCCUCGCUCUCCUGCCGGGGAUCCUCAUCUGCGACAGGUAG